AUGUUCAAGAAGAAGCCAAAUAUCAAGCCAUUGGCGCCUUUACGCUCUUCUGACCGUCGCAAGAUAGCAGACCAGCUUAUCAAAGACUUUGACAUUGAAGUACCCAAGCAUGAAGAGCAAGGUGUUGAAGACACAGGCACACAGCAACCAGACUCCGCAGUCACUCUGACCGCUCUACGAAAUUCGCUUCUUCCGGAAAAUGCCCUCUCAGCACGGUUCACCACGACCGCAGGACCUGAUCUCAACCAAGUGUCAGGCACUAUCUACGCUGGAGCUCAUCCGGGUGAAGAGCAGAGGAUACUGUGGUUCAAGGUCGAAGAGAGGUUGAUGCCCACGAACUAUGAUAAGGAGGCUGAUUUGGUGGCAGUCUACACGCUAUGGAAGAAUCCUCAAAUAUGUGCCCUCCUUCAUACACCAGACUUCGUCCUGCAGAAGCUCCAGACGGGUGCCCCUCUGAUGACGCCGGGUCUGGCUAAUGGACCGCCCUUCCCCUCACGAGCUACGAGGGAUGCAGUCGUCGCUGUCGCUAGCCUCGAACGGCCGAGUGUUCCUAUAGCGAUUGGAGUUUGCGAGAUCGAUAUUGCAGUGUUAGGAAAUGUACAGGGUGCAAAAGGUCACGCAGUACGAACUGAGCACUGGGAGGGCGAUGAACUAUGGGCUUGGUCAACAUCCGGCAAACCCGGUGCGCCUCCACCAGAGCAUAUAGAUGGGUGGCUGGAGAAAGACAAAACGGAGAGUCUAGAAGGCGCUGCUCAGAAACUCGAUAUCGACGAUGAGGAUGACCAAGAGGACCAAGGCGGGGUUGCACUACCAACAGCUUUGCCAACCAAGAAGCAGAACGAGCAUGUCGAAGGUGAAGAUAUAGAACCUUUCGAAAAGAUCGAAGAGCCGGAAAUGAAAACAGAAGAUAUUAACGACGCCUUCUGGCAAGCUUUCGUUUUUGGCCUGUAUGAUACUAAGAGAAAACACAGGGAGGACCCAAAUUACGGCCUGAACUUUCCAAUACCUCAGUCCCUCGUUCUAUCCAACUUGAUUCUGCCCUAUCUCCCAAUACAUACGCCCGCACAAGCUGCAGCCUUGAACAUCAAGAAAACCACCUGGAAGAAUCUCAAGAAAUUCAUGAAAGCUCUCGGCAAAGCACAAUUGAUAAAGUGUAAAGAGCGAGACGGUGGAGAAUGCGUCAUCCUCGAUGUUGACUUCGAAGAUCGGGCAAUCACUACCUUCACACCCUACCGCCUCCCAAAGAAAGACACCCCAGGCGCGGACUCAGGCGGAGGAGGCGGCGGCAACGCCAUCGCAUCAUCCACCAACCCCAACUCCGACCCCUCCAUCAACCAGCGCCUGCAAAAACUCAUCCUCUACCGCCCCAAAGACUCUCUCGCUCCAAUAUUCUCCUCCGCAAAUUCCAGCACAAAAUCCCUCUACCUCCCCCCGGAGCUCCGGCAAAUCACAACCACCUACAUCGAAUCCGAGAACCUCAUCUCUACCACCAACAAACGCCUCGUAACCCUCAACCCCCUCCUCGCCAACGCCAUCUUCGACAGCUCCUCCUCCCUCGACCGCGAAGUCAUAGCCAAAGGCACCGUUCCCCGGGACGCCCUGAUCGACCGCGUGCGCGAAUCCUGCACGCCCUUCUACGCCAUCAUCCGCGCCCCUGACACGCGCGACACCGCCAAGCCCAAAGCCGGCCAUCCGCCCAAAGUCCUCAUCUCAUUGGAGACACGAUCAGGGAAUAAGACAGUGACGAAAGUGUCUGGUCUGGAGGCAUUCUACAUCGAGCCAAGAUUGUUGGCGGAGGAGCUGCAGAAGAGCUUUGGCGGGCAGCUCGCCGAAACAGCCGGUCAUGGAGGUUCUGGUGCAGGGACCGCAGAGGGAGGUUGUGGGGAAGGCGUUGGAGAAGAGGGGGUGGAUCGCGGGUGGGUCGAGGUGGUUGAUAAGACUAAGGGGAAGAAGAAACGGUGA